AUGUCGAAACUAUCAGACUCGCUGAAGCAAUUCAUAAACGCCGCUCACGCCAAACCCAACACAAUCCCAGCGCCCAAGAAUGUGACAUCCAUCUACGAACGAAUAGCUUCCGAGGCUGGAUCGAACAAAGUCGGUCUAUCAGCGUGGCUCUGUGCAUCUACCGCCGCCACAAUGACCAUGAACUCUCCCGAAUCCAUGCUCGCCCUCUACCGCCUAGCAACCACAACAACCCCAACCCAUCAAAAAAACCCCUUCCCAAACCAAGCCCUCUACACCGCCGAACUCAUGCGUGAAGUCGGUCUCAAAUGCAUCGGCUUCAACGGCGUACCCCGCACCAUCAACGUCCUCGGAGCAUUCCACUCCGGCCUACCCCCAGAAAUCCAAUCCUCCCUCCAAGCCCGGCCUCCUCGCAGAAAUCUCACAGCGAAAAAUGUCGAAGCCAUGUUGGCGCGAGGGGAAGCCUUGUGGGAAAGUAUCUAUCAUCCAUUUAGCGAGAAAUUGAAAGCGAAACUUGCUGUGUCGCAUCCGGAUUUGCCUGUGCAUAUUAUUGAGGCCGAGUAUGGAGGGUUGUUUUCGGAUCCUGCUUGGAGUACGACGACGACGAGUUCUACUGGCUCGUCGUCUGCGAUACCGAAUGUGGGACGGGUCUUGACGUCUGUGAUUGCGGUGGCGUGUCUUCGAGCACAAAGUGGAGUGGGGCCACAAGUGGUCAGUCAUGUUUUUGGGCUGCGGAAAGCGUUUGAGGAUGGGACGGCCGAGUCGGAGGAGGAGGUGCAGGGCGGGAAAUGGUUGGCGAGUAACGAGGGGAGUUUGUGGUUGUUGCAGCAGGUGGAUAGCAUUGUGGAGGCGUUGGGACAAGGGCAGGGAACUACGUUUGCGCCUGGGUUUGAUAAGCCGUUGAAAGCUAAGCUGUGA